AUGCACAAGGAAGAGGAGGAGAGAGAGCAGAACAAGGCGCCGCCGCUCAUGAUGACCACGGUCGGCUCCGGCGCCGCCGUCGUCGUCAAGCGCAAGCAGCGCACCAAGCGUCGUCAGCGCCACUCGUCCUUGCCGUCGCCCGCUUCAUCCUCCUCCCGCAGCACCACAACCACCCACGAGGAGCAAGAGGAGGAGGACAUGGCCAAAUGUCUCAUCCUUCUCGCCCAGGGCGCCGCCGUCGACUCGCCCACGCCGCAACCCCCGGCGCCCAAGCCGAGAAACAGGUUCACGAGCCGCAAGUACGCGGACGGCGGCAAGGCCGGCUUCUACGUGUACGAGUGCAAGACGUGCAACAAGUGUUUCCCCUCCUUCCAGGCCCUCGGCGGCCACCGCACCAGCCACAAGAAGCCGCGCCUCGCCACGCACGACGAGGACGUGACUACGUCGACGCCACCGAUGGAGACGAUGCUUAGCCUGCGCACGGGCGACGCCAAGCUGCAGGCAGCUGCGUGGAGGGCGCACGAGUGCUCGACAUGCGGCACAGUGUUCGCGUCGGGGCAGGCGCUCGGCGGGCACAUGAGGCGUCACCGGCCGCUGCCUGCAGCGGCGCCGGAGAGCGUGGUGACCGCGGAUGACAGCAGCAAGCUGCAGGAGAGGAGCGUCAACCUGGAGCUGGACCUCAACCUGCCGGCGCCGUCAACGGAUGAGGAGCUGACAUCCCCGGCACCGAUGCCUUUGGGGCAAGGCAGUUUGAUCACGUUCGCUCACAGCCUCCAUUGAUGGACAUGAGGGACAGAGGAAGAGAGCCAAGCUAGCUUGCAUAUUUAUUAGCUACAGUAUUUGGCAUGAUCGUUUCUAAUCUUUUCCUUUUCUUUUCUAUAACACUGAUCGAUUGAUCAUGGACUUCUGUUUUUGUCUGACUUACAGGAGGCAGCUCAAU